AUGUCCGACUCCGUUUCGCUAGAGUUAGAACAGUUUUCUCUGGACCAAACCAGAGUUUGCGAUUGUGCGGAAAUCUUCCGUCAGCCUGUUAACAAUCGCUAUGACAAGUCUUUCGAUGUGUAUCUGGGCGGAGAACCAGAACCUGGUACCCUUGGCCUCAUGCUGUAUCACAACCAGAGAUUUCACGGAACUCCUCUGACAGAACAAAUCAGCCAGCUCGUCCAGUAUUUUGAUUUUUGGAAGGAAAUGGGCAGAAACUGUGACAUUUCAAGGGCCAUCACCGACGUCAUGUCUAAUGUUAAACUACUGGAAAACGACAAAGACAAUAAACUGUUCCCACCAUGCCAGAGAAGAGUAUGUUCGGAUCCUGAAAUGAUGGGCGAGCUCAACCACUUGAUGGUUAUGGAAACAUUCUUGACCCCCUUCGGAGUUACCAAGAUUGUCUCUCCGGAUAGACCUGGAUUCCGACCAUACAAAUGGAAUGAGGACACCGAUGCCGGGAUUGUUAGCAUAUAUGAUCAAUCGUCGUCUGCUAACAGAGAGGCCGAGAGGAACCCGCGCAAGAGAUGCAAUGAGUCCGCCCAGCUGAUGAGAAAGUUCCAUGGCAACGAAGAAGGAGAGGUCAAUGAUGCUGAAAGAAAUAUCUAA